AGUAACAGAAAAGAGUUGUCUUCUCAGGAACCCAUCUAUGGAUACUUUAGCGUCUUCAAAGCCAGACAGACGUACAGGUGGACUAAUUCCUUGACUUCAUGAGAGGGAAAUAAUUUUUUCGGACUCGUUCAGGCCGUCAUCUACCCAGGUGGAGAUGUCUGAGGAAAAUCUGGGGGAAGAAUCGGGCAGCUCCCCUGUCUCUCCUGCGGACAGCCUGAGCAACAGCGAGGGGGAGCUGGACAGACAGCCGAAGAGAUGUGGGAGGAAGAGGAGACCAAGCAGGAAAAACGGGGAGGACUCAGAUAGCCCGACCCCUGGGAAAAGAGGGAAGAAGUCCAGCAGCAGCAGCCCCCAGUCUUUCGAGGAGCUCCAGUCGCAGCGCGUCAUGGCCAACGUCCGGGAGCGACAGAGGACCCAGUCUCUCAACGAGGCGUUCGCAGCUUUGCGGAAAAUUAUCCCCACUUUGCCCUCGGACAAACUCAGCAAAAUACAGACCCUAAAACUUGCAGCCAGAUACAUCGACUUCCUCUACCAGGUGCUGCAGAGCGACGAGCUGGACUCCAAAAUGUCAAGUUGUAGUUAUGUGGCUCACGAGAGGCUGAGCUACGCCUUCUCUGUAUGGAGGAUGGAGGGCGCCUGGUCCAUGUCAACAUCUCACUAGCAUGAAGAGAAAAUAUGCCCAAAAUGAGUUUAGUGACACUUGACGCCUCGUCUAACCCACAGGUGACUGCUGAAUCUACUUAUCACAUUCUGAAGGGACAAAUCUGGAGUCCAAUGCUGGAUACAUGGGAUCACUCAAACCAAAGACGACAGAAGCUCUGGGGAUCAUUUCGUAAAAGGCCCGUCAGGGACUUACAGCCGCAUAUAUGUGUGUGCGCGUGUGAGCGUGUGUGUGUGUGGGUGUGUAGCUCCACACGUCCCAUCCAGGUGUGUUCUCAUGUUGUUGACGACGAAUGUUGAAAAAAAUAUAUAUAUUUUUUUUAUUUUUAUUUUUUUUUUUUUUUUGCAAAGAGAAAAAAAUGUGUAAUGCAUGUAUUUGGACUUAUUUCUGUGGAGGUCAAAGUGCAUUAUGUUUUUUUUUGUUUGUUUUGUUUUGUUUUGUUUUUGGGUGUGAGACUGUCAACUGGUGGUGUAGCUCACAUUAUCGGCUGACUUUGUGGAUCUAACCUGUGCAAAAAAAAAAAAAUAAUAAUAAUAAUAAAAAAAAUCAGAAUACAUUUAUUUAUUUAUUGGUGUAUUGAGAAAUAGGUCAUGUGUCCGAAAUACAAAUACAUUCCUAUUUUUUAAUGAUCGAUUUUUUUUCUGCUUUAUUCGUUUUGUAAAUGUUUGCAUUGUUGUUUUGUUUUUUGUUUUUUUGUUUUUUUGCAUUAAAGAAAA